UUGCAAUAUGAUGGUCGUCGUCCGCGCCGUGAAGCGGGUCUGGGCCUGGUUCUUCGAGGAGCGCAACUGCAUCUUCCAGCUCUUCUACCUCUCGCUCCUCUCGCUCUGCUACGGCGUGCUCGUCACGGAGGCUUGGCACACGCUCGACCUCCUGGACCGGGUCAUUGCGAUCUUCUUCGCGUUUGCAUGCUUGGGCCUCUUUGUCCGCGUCUCGUUCGUGGACCCCGGUGUCAUCACCCAUCGCAACCUUUCAACGCAGCAGCACUACCCGGACCACGAUGCGCUCUACCCCCGUGGCCGCGUCUGCCGAACCUGCAAGACCCUCAAGAUCCCGCGUUCCAAGCACUGCCGCGUGUGCAACCACUGCGUCGCCCGCUUCGAUCACCACUGCAGUAGACACCGAGCAUACCUAUGGCACCUUCGCCACACUGAUUCUCCUAGUCUGGGUCAACACAUGCAUCGCCCAGCACAACUACAACGCGUUCUUCUUCUUCCUCGUCGUCAAUGUCUGCGGAAGUAGCCACCUCGUGUACCUCCUCUGCAGCGUCUUCAUCGACAAGAUGACGCACUCGCUCGCAGACGCGCGCAACGCGUCCGUCGCGCUCCUGACGCAAGUGCUCACCGACAUCAUCUUGUCGCCAGAGAACGCGCGUGUCGCGUUCGUUGCGUCGCUCGCGCUCGCGGUUUGGUUCCUCGUGAGCCUCCUCCUCGGGUGCCAAAUGGGCCGCGUGUACCGCAACUGCACCGCCAACGAGCACUUCAAGCGCCAGCGCCUUCACAAAGACCACGCGGACGACGUGCCGGCGCCGACGCGUCCCGUGGCUUUUGACAUGUCGUGGGGCGGCGUCGGGCUCGUCGACGCGAGCAGCGCUGAGACGUCGUUGCUCCUCACAGCCGACGACAUUGACCGCAACCCGUACGACGGCGGCGUACUGCACAACGUUUGCGAUGCCUUCAACAUCACGCGCAAAGAUAAAACCGAUUAGGAAUAGAUCGCGCCGCUUUGUGUCUACGCCUUGGUCUCUCCGGUCGCCGGCGCCGCGGCCGGCGUCGCGUCGACCUCGAGCGCAAUGUCCUCGACGGCC